GGAAGCGCCAAAACAACCCAAUGAAAACUGAAUAUGCUCAACGGGCAGGGAAUGCUGACUGUGUGCAUAUGUAAUGUAAAAUCAGGUAGAAACAGAAGUUAGUGGCUAAGAUCUAAUCAAACCGCAGGACACACACACAACCCUGCAAGUUUCCUCCAGGCGGGCACAGGCAAAGAUUGCGCCACCCAGGGGAGCUCUCCGCAAACACACAACUUCUGGCCCGGGCAUGUAGCUGGGGAACUCCCUGUCGCUUUCGGAUGACGUCAGGCGCCGCCGCCGCCGCCACACGUGGUGCAGUAGGCAAGGGCAGAGCCUGGAAGCCGGACGAGCUUGCAAGGUGUUGGCUGUGCGUGCGAAGAAGGUAAAGCCCUGGGAAGAGCGGGGGGGGGGGGGGAACCGUGGGCUCGGACUUCAGGGUGUAUCCGCGUUUUACCCUCGUGUAAGCGAGAUAUAUAAGCGGCGGAGAGUGCAACUGCGGAACUUCGCCCCCCGCAGGAGGCAGUGAUGGCCACCAAGUUUUGUUGGGCAAUUUUAUGGAGGGCGAGGCUGUUAAUGGCUCCUUACCCACGAUGGCUGUGCUCUCCGUUCAAGGUCGGAAGCAGCAAUGCGCCUAAAUGCCAAUGGCUGGGAACCGGAGGAGGGCAGAGGGGCUUUUGCGCUCACCGGGUCCUGCUCAGGGCCGGAUUUAGGUUUGAUGUGGCGCUGAGGGUUAAACCACAGAGCCUAGGACUUGCCGAUCAGAAGGUCGGCGGUUUGAAUCCCCGCAACGGGGUGAGCUCCCGUUGCUCGGUCCCUGCUCCUGCCAACCUAGCAGUUCGACAGCACGUCAAAGUGCAAGUAGAUAAAUAGGCACCGCUCCAGCGGGAAGGUAAACGGCGUUUCUGUGCGCUGCUCUAGUUCGCCAGACGCGGCUUAGUCAUGCUGGCCACAUGACCCAGAAGCUGUACGCCGGCUCCCUCGGCCAGUAAAGAGAGAUGACCGCCGCAAUCCCAGAGUCGGCCACAACUGGACCUAAUGGUCAGGGGUCCCUUUAGCUUUACGCUACUGAAGGUAAUGGGGCCCGUUAUAUGUCCAGCUGUCCUUUGUCAGCAACAAAUUGUCACUGUCUUUUGUGUUGAAUAUAUGCUAUGUGGUAAUUUAUGGACCACCUAAUAGGUAUCUAAAGCCAUUUGCACAUAACAAAAUAUGUAUUUUAUCAAAGUAAUUGUUCAACUGAAAUACAAUUAAGAGGAAGUAUAUUAAUAUUGAAAUUUGGGGGGGGGGGGCCAAAAGAGUGGGGCCCUAAGCAGUAGCUUGUUUAGUUUAUACGUAAAUCCAUCACUGGUCCUGCUUGAGGUUUUCCUGAGGACAUCUGCACGGCCUCUAGGAUAACAGUCUGCUGGACUGGAUGGGCCUUUGGCCCAACCCAUCAGACUCUCCUUGUCAAUGUAAUGUUGUAGUGUAUCCUCAGGGCCUAAGAGGAGUGCUCCUGUUUAUAGCUGCAACCAGCCCGGAACUCUUAUUGGGGAGAUUUUCUUCUUCUCCCAUAUGCAGCCCUACUUCCCUUGGUGUGUUGUAGUUUCUCAGAUGUUGGACUACCGUUCCCAAGAUCUCUGACCAUUGGGCAUGCUGGCUGGGGCUGAUGGGAAUUGUAGGUUAGGGACUCAAGGUUGGAAAAGGCUGUGCUAGAGGACUGCCAACGCAACUGGACAUUUUAUGGCUGUGCGUGGGAAAGGGCACACAGUUCUGGAGAGGAUAUAACUCCUUUUUCUUCUAGUGCCCCUUUAUAGAAAGGAUGGGUGCGACCUUGGUUCUCCAGAUGUUGUUAGGCUACAGUUCAGAUGAUGGUUGCAAGAUCUGGGUUGGUUCAUAUGGGGAGAGGUGGUCUGUUGCUCUGCUAUGAAGCUGUACUGGCUGAUUCAGAUUACUGGUUGCACCCUGGUGGCCCUUUAAACUUGUUGCUUACAAUCUUAAUACACUUGACUUAAGUGUGCACUUGAAUUCUGGGCUGAAUUGUGGCUAUUAUGUGUCGUUUCUUAGCACUUGAAUAGCCAGGAAUCUGGGUUUAUAGCUUCAUUUUAUGCAAGUCUCAGUUGCUUUAAUGGGACUUCUUCCCACAUUAGUGUGUAAAACUGCAGCCUUAUUUGCAUGAAAGAUUCAAGGAGCUUUUAAGUAUUAUUGCUUACUACAGCAGCCAAAACACAUUAUUUAAACUCUUGAAAACAAUAUUUUAGGCAAUGGGCAAGAACAAGGGAAAAAGUCAGAAGCCGAUGAAUGUAUUCCAUGUGGCCAACAAGAAAAUUGCGAAGGUUAAAAGGAAAGCAAAGCCAGUGACAACAAAUCUAAAAAAGGUUAGUUUUAGAAGAUUCCUUCUUGCUAUUGUUUUAGAUUCUUCAUUAGGAACAUCUUAACAACCUGUGCUGUGCAUGAUAAAUGGAAACAACCCUAGUUUAUGGCAUAUGCCAUUCUUUCUCAACCGUGGGUCCUCAGGUGUUGAACUACAACUCCCAUCAUCCCCUUCUCACUAGGGAUGAUGGGAGUUGUAGUCCAACAACACCUGGAGACCCAAAGUUGAGAAAGGAUGGCAUAUGCAAUUGCAGAGUGAUGGAAGGUACAGGACAUUCUACUAGCCCCAUUCUUGACUUCAAAUCCAAGGUGAAUGAAUGCAGGGGACGGGGAGGGGAUUGUGCCCACUGACCCAACAUCUCCCUAACUUCAACUGAGGUUAGUGAGGCCAGAAAAUAUGACCCAGUUCUCCCUCCAUAUGCAUGUAAAGGCAACAACAAUACAACAAUUUAUUUGCUGAGAGAUUAGAUGACAUUGGCUAUUUAAUGAUUUGUUUGUGGAGAGAUUACAUAACACUUUGAUGCAAAGUAAUCCCCCAUUUUCCAGUCACUCCUCAUCACUUGAGAUGUCUGAUCUUUUGGGAACAUGGGUUUGUUUUAACCAGAGCUCCAAAUCAGCUUUAAUUGUACAGCCUGAAUCGGCUGGAAUGGGAUUGAAUUGCCCCAAGAACAGCAACAGUCUGGAAAUGCCUGUAGUAAUUUUCUCAUGUUUAAAAUCUAUAAGCCUGAUUCUUGGAAGUGAGUGAUGCAAAUCUAUUUUUGCAUAUUUUUGAAAGACUUCACCCUGCCUCAGCCUAAUGAACAAGCUGAGCCGUUAUGUAAGAAUGGUUCCCUUGGUGAACUUUUGAAAUCUUAGUGUAGUUUAGUGUCAUGUAUACCCUCCAAAGUUAUUUUAAAACACAACACAUCGAGUUUCUAUAGCUUACUGCACAGAAAAUGCUUUUAGGUUGAUCUUGAAAUACAAAAGCAUAAAAUUUGUUUUCUUUUCCCCCAAAGAUUAAUAUUGUGAACGAUGAAAAGGUUAACAUGGUGAAUAAGGUAUUUACAGAAGUACAGAAAGAAGUUAAGCAAUUGUCCAAAGCCAUUUCAUCAGACUCUCCAAAGAGCUUUCAGGUAAUUCUUUUGCAUUAUACAAAAAUAAAGUAAAGCCUCUUUUCACAGUGUACUAGAGCUAUAAGGGGAAUGUAAACCCAUUGUGUUACUUGGAACUUUGUGAUAUUAAUUUAUUGCAUUUGAUUUUGGCAUGGAAAUCUGUUCCUAUAUGUUUGGUUCCAAAUAUCCCCUUUUACUCUUUCAUUUGGCAUCUGUUAUUAUAUUAUAUUUUGUUGUGUUACUAUGCUGCAUUUAGGCUUCAGUUUUCAAUAAGUUGGUGGUUAUAAGCGUUUUCUUAAAUUAUACAUGGACACUGGACCCAAAUCGCUGAGCAUGUGUGUUUCCCUGAUCAGAUUCCAAAAGCUAUGGAAGGUGAACCAGCCAAUGUGGAUACUGCUACUGACUUGCUGUCCCAAUUGUAGCACCAAAUAGUACGUAUUCCAUCAAUAUUUGCACCCCCUGAUAAAUCGGCAAAAAGCAACUCUUUGUAUAGUUUUAUUUUAAAAAUCUUGUUAAUGUACAAGCAUUGGCACUCUUUUAAUACAAACUACAAAUAGUGCUUUCCUAAAUCUAGGAAUGUGGAAUGUCAGAAGUAAAAAACAGAGAACAAAAUAAAGUGCUAAUUAAAAAGGCACUCCACAAAAGUGUUCACUGAAACAAUGUAGCAUAAACUAGUUAAUGCCCUUCAUUCUACAAUUGGCAGUGGAAGUUUUAAGACAUAAAAGGUCAGAAUUCUGGAAUGAUUGUAGAGGAUUUCCAGGUGUAUAAAACGCAGCAGUCUGGAGUUGUACAGGAAGCAGAGUUGGGCUUAUGAAACUUUGGUUCCUAAAGAACAAAUUAAAAAGAACUGGGGCUUUCAAGUAACUGUAUUAAGCUACUGUAACAUCUCUAGGAACACCAUUCCCUGCACUGCAGUAAAAGGAAGCUUCUGUUUUACUGAGUUUAUAAGUUGAUCAAAAUAAUGAAGUACAAGGAAGAAUGUACACCCCGCGUUGGUGAACUACAGAAGUUUUACAUUCAUUAUUUUAAAUACUUGUGUUAUGAAAUUAAGUCUACAAUAUUAUAUCGUUAGAGGUAGAUGAGGCAAUCUGGCUGCAUCAAAUCUAGUAGUUCAGUAUCUGCACAUCAAAGAGGUCACAGACUCCUUCGUUAUCAUCCAGGUUGAAGUUGUAGUCAUCUCCAGGAGUAGGAGAGAGCCGUAAGAGGGGGAAGACUGCAGAGGGGAAAAGAAAUAUCAAUUUAAGCAAAGUUUGUGUCACACAGCUACAGUACCAGUCCUUUGCAAAUGAACACAUAACUAUCCUGAUGCCUAGUUCUGAAUUGGCAUUAUUAUUCUCCCGGCCUCCAAAACCAUUAUCAUUGCUGCCACAUUCACCCAACAUCCCGGAAGGCUGUUAAGGCGCACUGCAUUUAUUGUACUGAAAAUGUAGAAGUGUUAAAUUGUAUUUUCCCCACCCCCUCAGGUAUGAAGCGGAAGGGACAGCUCACAACCAGCUUAUACAGUUUGGAAAAAGCAACUGGAACGCCUCUGAUGGAAUCAAAAAGACAUGAGAUGCAAUGGUCUUCAGGCAACAGCAGAGACGUUGCACGAGUUAUUUAAGAUGAAGACUCCCAUCCAUAUGGUGCACAUAUAGAAGGGGGCUAAGUCAUUUUUCUGAACAGGUGGGCUAAAAUUGUGGGCCUCUGAAACAGCAAGUGCACUGAAGUGAAGCAACCAUUUUUAAAAAAGCCUAUCGACCACAAUUAUAAAAUUAAAAUUUCUUUGUUGGCUUGUUAAUGUUACACAACAAGGUUACAAAGAAAGCAGUUGUUGAAUUUGCUUGCUUCAUUCGGAAAAAAGUUAUGACUGAGAACAUUUAUUUUUUAUUUACAGCUGAAGUGCAAAACAAUUUCACCGAGAUGCUAAAGAUCAGAAACAUCUUUGUUUGAGAGAAAACUUAAUCCAAAAGGAAGCUUAAUUAUUAUAGGGGAUAGUGGGACAACCUAAAGCUGAUUUGGUGGUGGAAAGCCCCCACAUCCUCCUAAUUCAUGGGCAAAUUCAAAAGGGAAAAACACUAUAUAUGGCAUUUGAGAAAUUUGUGGGGAAAGCUUGGACCAGGCAUGCUGCUGGUACAGACUCCUUGUACACAAUUUGGCAGAGCAAAGAUUUAUUUUGCAAUGCAGUUCAUGCACCACUGGCAAUUAUUAGUGUUGGAACAUGACACUUUUUGGAUUGUGCAAAAAGAAAACUCGGGCAGAGUCUGCUGAAGCAUUUCAUAAGGGACAUUCUCCUGGUGAGUUUAGUUUGAGAUUCAUGUUCAACAAUCUUCCUGUAUUGACACAGGGGCAUCAUGGGUCGAAUCUUGACUAAAAUUGUUAAAUUUUAGCUUCACUAAUUCCAAUAGGCCUCAAGUUCAACCAGUGUGCUAGUCAGGAUUCAAUCCCAUGUGUGAAGUGUAAAACAAAAUGAAGCUUUGGACAGGGGGAAACUACUAGCAAGAGGAGGAGUAAAACUGGAGGAGUAAAAGUCUGCUUCAAAUGUACAUGUUUGUAGACUGCUCAUGCAACAAUUUAUGAUGAUCCAACUUCAUCCUUGCAGAACAGAUGACACUCUUAGAGCGUAGGAAACCAGAUUUGUUGGGUGAUUGUGAGAAAGUCAUAAUUUAUCUCAGGCUAAAGUGAGAAACUCAAGCAUACCAUCCUGACCUUUGAAGGCUGGUGGGUAAGCUGCUGAAUAAUUCUGCAAACAGCAUGUUGCAGUAAUUCACAGGUAACAAUUUGCAAGUGGGAAAGGCUGUCAGCUAUAGGUUCCCCUGCCAUUAUUAUGAAAACACACUCAAUUAGAUUAGUACAAUGGGUGAUCUGCUCAUUCAGAGUCUGCAAUAAAAGGAUGCUGUUUCAAUUAACCCUGAUGAAUCCUGGGAGUCUGGAAUUAGUAUUAAAAUCUGGAGGCUAUGGGUGGUUGCCUGGUGUUUUCAGUGAGCUAAUCUCCCAGCUGUUUGCUGGUCUGAUUUACUCAAUGUAAAUCUUAGUGCUUCUGAGUAGUGCCAUUCAACUUGCUAUAUUACUCAUCCAACAAUUAUUCUAGAAUGUGUCAUAUGAACAACACAAUCUAAAGCUACACUCUUAUGCAAACUUUUCAGACAGUAAACCCCAUUGAAAUCAGCAGGACUUACUUCUGAGUAAACACACAGAGGAUUGUGUUGAUGAUGCUACAUAUUUAAGAAAGUGGGAACUACAGUAUAAAAUAUACUUUGGACCCUAAAGAGGGCUGUGGUUAAAAUUGUGGGCAGAAAUAAUUUUAAAAGCAAACUGCAGUCUUCCACCCUUUCCUUAUUUUGUUAGGAGUUUUGCACAGGCAAAUGGAAAUAAAAAUGAUAAUUUGUUUGACUUUGUUCACAUAUUUCUUGCAUUCCUAAGGAGUGUCCCAGUAGUGUCACCCCAGCAUUGUUUAUAAUGAAAGAUUGGAGGAGGGCAUACGUACUAAAGUUAGGGAAACUCACUGCUUUGUUAACUGCAGGCAGCAGAAUGCCCACAUGCUCUAAACUCGAACAGGGUAAAAGAAUCAUGAAAUCUAACUGCUUCAAGUAUAUGUCCACCUAAAACUCUAGCAAAGGGAUGCUGAGCUGGCAUUUGCAGGGAACUGUUAACUAGUGAAGCAGAGACAUCACGCUUUGUAAAGAAGGAUGAGACAAUGAGAACAUAAACUUACCAUCAGAGGACAUCAAUUCAUCAAUGAUAUCGCUGUUAAUUAUUCCUACGAACACAAAAAGCAAAUUCAUGGCUAUCCACAUAGACAAUAAGAUCAAAUUGGCUAAAAAACGUUAUGAGGCUUUUAUAUUUCCAGUUGGCAUGUGCGGUUAGUCAAGUAAACGAGUUAGCUAGCUACAGGUAUUUAAGGCUCCUGAAAUUUUCCAUGGUCUUUUAAUAUUUCAUGUACAGUGGUACCUCCGGUUGCGAACAGGAUCCGUUCUGGAGCUCUGGUUGGCUCCCAAGGAAUUCACAACUGGAAGUGCCGCUUCUGCGCAUGCGUGCACGGCGAAACCCGGAAAAAUACUUACGGGUUUGCUGCGUGCGUAUCCCGAAGGAUACGUAACCGAAGGUGAACGUAAGUAGAGCUCCCACUAUAGUCUACUCUUUGGUAUCUCUAGUGAAAUGGAAAUACAGAUUGGCUUAACACCCAGCAUGAUUCUCAAGUUACAGGAUUCAGAAAAUUGCAAAACAAAAUGCCAGGUCAGUUAUGAAGAGUAUUUUGUAAAUUACCAUGCACACCUCCUGUUUAGCCUACCCUGGAGGGGUAGCUAGGAGACAAUCAAGUACUCCUUUAUAGUAUUUUCAUAAUAAAACAUGCUUAGUUUUUAUGUACAGUCAGCCUUCCCCAAACUGGUGCCCUCCAUAUACUCUGGAUUACAACUCUUAUCAUCCCAUACCAUUUCCACCAAAACCUUUUGAACAUCUGCUUCAGCACCUCACAAAACAACUACAAAAGCAAAGAUACUCUCCUCGAAAUACAGCCAAUGUUAAGACAGUAAAAAAAUAAAAAUCCCACAGCUCAACAUUGUCACCAAAUAGCACUGGGCUGCUUUCUUUUCCUGUUUUACGCUUCAGGACACCAGCAACUGUCCUCCCCCCCUUCAAAGUUAUAAUCAAACGAAGUAUGUAAUUUACCUCCAGGCUCAUCCAUCUUUGCAAUGUCAAACGCAUUCGGCUUCAGAAUACUGUUUACGUCCAGCGGAAGGAAGGACUGGCAGGUAUUUGAGCUAGGUGUAGUUUCUGUUAUAAGGCUGUUAUACAGCUCAGAAUCUGGAAUGUCAUCAUACACAGUUUCAGGAGUCUGGCUCUCCUGCAAACUGAUGUCUACAGGGUGGGAAAGUUCACAUUAGAAAUCAACAGUAUUAGUUCAAAGCAAAUUUCUGGAACACAAGAUUUCUGAUACAGGGACAAACAAGCUCACAUUUUAAUAUUGGCAUGCACUUGCUUUUAGUGAUGCUAAUGGGAAUAGCAAAAAUAUGUCUAACUAAUUCUUAAUACAUGGGUUUUGCUGCUAGAUUUUAGAACACUCACAUGUAAGCAUUGUCUUCCACCCACAAAUCCUUAGCUCAACCUGCCCCCCCUUUAUAUUUUUAAUUUGCUGCUAAUUGAGAAAAGGGGAAAUCACUACCUGCUGAUAUAUCUGUGACUGGUGGUAUCCGUGGAAGGGAUUGACCCUGAUGAGGAGGAUCUCUAGACUCCAACUUUUGAGGAUCUACAUUCACUUUAGGAGAAAUCAAUGGAGCUGGCAACUGAGAUGGAGGUUGCAUGAGGUCAUCUGGAGGAGGUACCGGAAAAACCACUGGCUUUGACAAACUGGACUCUUUGUUUAUAAGCAGCACAUGGAUAGGCCCCAAAUGACUCUUCAGAUUGAUCUGGUAUUUGUUUUGUCUCUUUAGAAAGGAAGCAAAGUUAAAAGGUAAAGUCACCAUCCUUUAUGGCAGUAGGCUUAGCAAUUAAGGCAAACUGGACUGAAGUAAAAAAAACAAACGGGACAAGUAAAAAAAAAAUGCAGGUGAAAGCUGUGUACUGAACAGAUGAGAAUGUGCUAGUUGAGAAGUUGAAAUCAUAAAGAACGACAAUACAAGUACACAAGUAUACCUCCUCACCUCUAAUCUACAUCAUAACCCAACAUAUCUUCACAUGGUCAAGCUGUUUGGAAGCUAAUUGCACACUGAACGCGCAUCCUGUCUCAGAACUGCAUCAAAAUUUCAGUGAAUGUUGCUGCUGCCUGUAGUGAUAAUGCUUUUGCUUUAUACUAGUGAUGCGAAACCUCUGGCCCCCGAGCCUAACCAGGACCGCCAGAGCUUCCCAUUUGGCGCAUGAAGUCAUUUGAGCCAAGCUGCAACCACCUAUCCUUCUCCUGGUGUCAUAUGACAUCAGGUGAGGGACAGGCAAAGUCAUGGCUUCAAAUAGUGCCAAAUUCAAACCAUUCAGAAGGUAAUGUUCUGGGUUUAUUGGAAAUUUAGAUGGCACCACUCACUAAUUCUCUCUUGGAUCAGGAUGUGAACACUCAUUUGGAAUAGUGGUCAAUUUCCUCCUUCCAACUGCGACAAAAAGCUAUUUGUAUGACUUUUGUAGCAGCAAAGGAAACUUGAAACUAAAAAUGUGGAGCAAGUAUUUCCUCCUGGAAAUUCUAAAAAAAAACCCCAAACCUCUAUUGUGUAAAUAUGUUUCACUCAGACUCAGCAUAAAUAACUAUCGGUAAUUUAAUAGUUGAAGUGAUGAAUGCUGCAUGUUUCAAAGAAACAUAAAAAAAUAACAGAUGAGAACACAAACUAGGUAUACUAUUCUUUGCUAUUAAUUUAGCAAGUUUAUUCUGUAAGCACAAGCCCCAGUUAGAACAUAUACACUACUUGAGUCCAAAACUUUUUUUUAAAAGGAAUUAUUAAUAUUUGCUAACCACACAGAUUAAAAGAGCUGUUUAUACAUACCAUAUGAGGUACAGGAACUUCUAACUGUGUGCCAGAAGGAGCCUGAAUUGCUAGUAGUGUAUCCCCUGAUUGUGGAGUAAUUGUCAAGUGUUAAGCUGAAUGCAUGCACACACAUUCCUGGAUAGUAUACAGGGAGGUUUUGUUUUGUUGUUUUGUUUUGUACUGGCUGAAGGACAUGGCCAAUGGGUCAUGAAAACAUGUCAGAAUAAAUAUACAAAAUAAAAUUCAGCAUACUUGCAAAGGGUUACAUGAUCAAAUAAGAUAUGCUAUAUUUCAGUGUGGGGAAAAACAGUACAGGAUGGCUACACUGUAUAAAGAGAAAUCAUGUUUUUAAUGGAAGAAAGUCUUAAGUGAUCGUAAACUGGCCAUUUCACUUCCCCAUAUUCUACCAGCUUUAUUUUCCCACCCCUAUUGCACACAAAAAUCUGGUGCUAUCUUUGCUUUAGCACAUUUACUCUGAAAUCAAGGGCCACUGUAUUCACACAGGGCUUACUUUCUCGUGUUUUAGGAUUGUAGCUGAAGUCCAGGUCUACCUAAAGCAGGGGCAGAGAAUAUGCAGCUCCCCAGGUGUUGUGAAGCUGCAACUCUCAUAAACCACAGCCAGCAUGGCUAAUAACUUUAGCACUAGCUGAUAAGAGGACCAUAUAGUGAACACAACUGGGUUUUCUCCUGACACCAUUUAACAAACAUGUCAAACUUCUCAGCAACUUACCGUUGAAGCAGUCACAAAUGUCUUCAUGAGUGAUGUAUGAAAAAGUGGUCUGUGUCAAGGAAAGUUUCAAAAUAACAUGAUACUGCUGACCUUUUUCAAGUACGUUUUAGGAAAUUUACCAGGCUAGUUAGGUAGUUCUGUUUCAAUAUUUUGCCUGUCAUACCCUGGACUAGUAACUGAAAUUGCAUAGUUAAAAACACAUUCAUUUUAAUUAUUAAACAAAAUUUAUAUACCAUUUGAUUGUAAGAAAGCAGCUCUAAGUUGUUUAGCAAAAAGCAGCCUCUGCCCAUUUUAUAUCUUGGGUAUUAAAAAGUCCCAUUAGCCUGAAUCCAAAGGUGCUGUUGCAUGAAUGGAAAAAAAAAAUUCUGUUCAGACAAGUCACCCAGUUCACUGCUGCCUCAAAAAAGGACUCGGUGGAUGAGGGACGAUCUGGACCAAGAUGCAAUAUGGUACAGAGGGCUGCAGCAGUGGGGGAGUAAAUGAAAAAGGAAGCACUGCCUUGUAUGAGAAUGCUUUCCAUUCUUGAAACAGCACCUGUGAAUACGAGACUUCUGUGUAAACAUUGAAUGGGAUCCAACUGGUAGCUAAUGCUAAGCUAAUGGCCAUGUAUGGAAUUUUGCCUCCUGAUGGGCAUUUCACUUCCCUUAUUAAUCCACUAAAGGUCUAUGUUCCCACAACUCAUUUUGAAUAGCAGACAAAAAUUAGUAUCAACUGUUGUCAAACCCCUCAAAACUCCCAUUUGAGAAAAUGCCCAUCACUUAUUCCAUCUCCAUUUUCUGUGUUUCACAAAGGCACAGCAGCAAUAAUUCCAUCUGCAAGAAUUACACAGCAUGUUUCAAAGGAUAUCAUUUAUUUGUGGAAUCUUCCUUGACAUUUUUUAUGCUUUGCUGUAACCACAGUUUCUGCUGAUCCAGCUCCUUUUCUUUUAGCUCCAAUUCUUCAAUUUCUGCUUCAAGGUACCUCAGUCUAUCUACGACUUCCUUCGUAUUGCAACCAGCACCUACACCUCUUAAGAGAGCGCAAAAAAAUUCAAUGCUACUGUAAAUGAGUAACAAAAAGGCAAAAGUAGAAAAGAUAUCAUAGCAGCAAAAAAAUUAAUUCUAUAAAUAGUGUAAUAUCAAUUAAGUUUAAAUUGCAUUUUGAUUCUGUAUGAUAUGAGUAGGAAGGCAUUCAAAGGUUGCGCACAAGAGAGACAAUCCAUCUCUUUUUUGGGUUUUCAUGUGUGAUUUUCUGCUGAACUGUGGAGCCUCUGUUGCCUGACCACCAAUGAAAGGGUUUGCAUUUGUGGCAAAAUAUACUUUCAGGUCCUGACAAACAACUGCUUGGAGACUAGUGUCUGCAGAGAAUACAAAAGCUGGUAUUGCUGACAUACAUUGUUUUAAUUACAUAUAUACCUUAUUUUCAUUACAUAAAUACCUAACAAUGAUAACAUUCAUCUGUGAAGGAAAACAGCAUUCUGUAUUUCUAUGUAAGAAAAUUAAAAAUCAGUUAUCUUACUUCC